GUCAGUGGUGGUGAAUGAUGACCUUGAGCAUCCAUUAUUCAGGGGAAUUACUGAUGUAUGGAAAUUAAUAACUACUACAUUGAAAACUGACUGAAUUAUAAAUAAGUCGUAAUAUCGGUGCCUGUAUGUGAUUAAAGUUUGUGGAUAAUAAUACUGGUUGAAAUAAAAUGAGUUAUUCCUUGGGAAAAUUGUUAGAUUCUUUCAGCAACUUGGGAGUGGAUUGUAAAACAGCUAAAAUUGAGAAAAAUUUCAACUUCUUGAAUGAGAUUGGUCAUCAUAUAAGUUACUCAAAUGGAAAAAGACUGAAUUUCACCAAAGUAUAUGAAAAGGAAAUCCUUGCUCCUCAUGUGAGUGAAUAUUUCAAUGUUAACACUAUAUUCGAUCGUACCAUGAGCAUCCUGCGCAUUCUUGGUUCGAGACAUGUUAGGAAAAUCGAAAGAAUUGAAAAUCCUUUCCUUUACGCUCAGUAUCAACUGAGUAUGUUGAAGAAAAAAUGGAGAUAUGGCAGCGUGAAAGAACUUACUCUAUUUCAUGGAACCAAAUCCACCUACAUCGAUUCCAUUUGUAAAAACAAUUUCGAUUGGCGUAAGAUGGGAUGCCAUGGUUUUAGAUACAGUAAAUUUGGUAGAGGCAUGUCUUUUUCGCCAAGCGCAAGAUACGCGUCGGAUUAUCCUCGAAGAUGCCAUGAAAAUCCAAGGAUAAUGUUUGUUGUGAAGGUUUUGGAAGGAUCCAGAUGUCUUGGAGUUCCAGAUUUGGUAAUACCCCCUGAACCACAUGACACAUCAGCUAAAAGCGAUGGUGAUGUUGUUGUCAAGUAUUUUGACAAUGAGUUUUAUCCAGAGUAUAUCAUAAGCUACACAUAAUUUCUUUGAGAGAAGUAAAGAAGUAGAUUUUUAUUUUUGAAGAUGAUGUGCCUAUUAGAAAAUUUUGCCAAAAAAUAGCUCAAGUUUUUCAGUUUACCAAAGUAUAUCGUAAAAUUAUUUGAGUUUGAUAUAUUUUUUGUUUAAAAGCAGUAUUAUUGGAUUCAGUAAUGUUCACAUGAUAUUUUAUGUAUUCAAUAAAUAUUUUUAUUUAUCCAG